AUGGAGCAUCUUAUCAGUCCUACAGAGCUUGACAGAAUGCGACCUUCGAUUCCUGAGAGUCAAUGGCUUGAAUUUGACCACGAUAGCAGUCAACGAUUCCCUUUGGCGUCUUUUGAGGAAUACCCCCUCCUGCGAGGCUGGAAUGCUGUAAGACUGCGAGCGCUCCGCCAGGGUCUCUUCUUGGAAAACACCGAUUAUGUUUCCAUUCUCGCGAUGUUACAAGGCUGGCUUUUCUUUGGCGUGCUUGAAAGUGCCUUUCAGCAGCACUUUUCAAGCUCUUCAUUUCUGACUUCAUCCGAGGGCAUACAGACAACAGGUAAAAGCCAUCACAGAGUCCUUAACACCCAGUAUUUACGCACAUUCUAUCAGCAAUGGCACCUCGGCUUUCUCGAUCUUCCAGAAGAUAGGCAGAAGAGUCUCUCGGUCUCUUUCGGGCGUUCGGUGGUUGGUGCACGCGACUGGGCAUUAUAUCUCGAAGUCAAGCUGAGGCUUAGAAUCCCAGCCUACAACAGCAAUCCCCUGUCUAAUAUUUUCAAUGCGACUAUCCGCAAUGCACUUCUAUUGACGGAGCUACUGGGUAAAGCCGUGCCUCAAGCAUAUCCGGACGCUGGCUUGAUCAAUUAUCAGAUGGAUUUAGAUCCUGGGGGAGAAAUAAAAGGCCGGCUGCGACGGAGCGGGUGGUGUCCGUCGAGCUCGAGAAUAAUGACAAAUCGGUACGGUCAUUCAGCUGCAAUGUAUGCGACCCUUCUUCGUCCAAUCGAGCAGCCUCACGUGAGGCAUACUCACUGCAGCAAUACACAGUGCAAAGCAUAUAAUGUCGACGUAUCCACCUACUCGCCUCAGCAUGUGCACCAAGGAUGCUCAUGCGAGCAUGUGCUCCCUCCUCUGAAAGAUGUAUUCGACAUUUUGCAAUCUGGGACGUUCCCAGUGUUGGACGGAGAGUCCAUAAUAAUGGACGGAGAACGGGGUGAGCUGAGUGUGAAACGAUAUAAACCAGACAUGGAGUAUGUGGUGAUCUCUCAUGUUUGGUCAGAUGGACUCGGGAGCACGACAGAGAAAGGCCUGCCGAGAUGUCAAGUGGUACAACUCGCACAUCUCUGUCAUAGAAUUUCCGGCUCGUCCCUCUUCUGGAUUGAUGGGUUGUGCGUCCCUAACGACUCGAUAAUGCGCAACACUGCAAUUCAACUCAUGAGUGCAACCUACGCUAAAGCUCCUACGACACUCGUCCUUGACUAUGGUCUUCGUCAAUCCAGCAGCUCGAGCGCUACCGAAGAAAUAGCCAUCCGUAUCCUGUCGUCUGUCUGGCUUCGCCGUCUUUGGACUCUUAAAGAAGGCAUUCUAGCGUCUAACCUUGUCUUCCGCUUGCGUGACGCUUUCUUGCCGAUGUCUCAUUUGCUCUCACAAAUUUUCGUCUCUGGCUUCACAGGCCCUAUUUCGGCCGCUCUGAUCGCAGAGCUAUCAGGCUUCAACCGUAACCUUUAUGCCACAAAACCCGCCCAUAUUAAUCAUAUCCAGCGGCUGAUGUGCUACCGGACCAGUAGCCGACUCGAUGAUGAGACGUUGGCUAUUGCUCCACUUUUCCACAUCGAUAUUGGCAUCAUUAUGCAGUAUUCAGGAGAAGCAAGAAUGAUAGCGUUUUGGAAAGCCUUAGGGACUGUACCAGGUGGCUUGAUCUUCUCAGGUGCACCGAGACUGACCACUCGCGGGUUCAGAUGGGCGCCGAGGACGCUCAUGCAUGGGACAGGAUUGAACGAUUUGGGUCGCAACUAUGGACGCAUUACGGAAAAUGGCUUUGUUGGGGAGUUUCUAGUCUUGGAAUUCGAUGAAAGACUAGUUUUGCCGAGGAAUAGGUCCCUCCGCCUGCUCGACAUCAAGGGGAAGCGAGGUUUCCGUGUGUUGGAGGAUGUGGAACCGCAGUCAUCUGACGGUCACGACCAUGGAUCAAGGGACAAUGUCUGGGGCGAUAUGAUUGCGAUCCGUGAGCAGCCGACUGGCGAGAUACUUCCUGGCGUCGCCAUCGUUCUCAGAAGGGAAGAAAACACAGACAAGACCGAACAUGAUGACAAGGGAGUGCCAACAUGCGCAUUUGCUGCACGAGUCAUAAUUGCUGUGGAUGAGUUCGUCGAUCUGGUCUCCUGGGAAUCGACACCACCAUCCGAUGCCAACAUGGUCACGAGUGUAGUGAAAACUAUAUGCAUCUGCUGA